GUUUUAUUCACCGUUGUGGGGUUAAGACCAAAAUAUCGCGACUUGGGGAGCUAAGACUAUUCUGCUGAUGUAGUAAUGAGUAAUUAGAGAUACUUUGGCUAAUCGCCCUGAUUAACGUCCCUCGCUGACGUCUUUUGUGAUUUUUUUUGGAAAAAUUUGUUGAACUUCCUGUUUCUGAGGCAUUAACAAUCAUGUAACAAAGACUUUAAUUUGAGCAAGAGACGUAGGAAAUUACUACUAUGGACAGGGACAUCCCAUGAAACCUCACCGAAUCCGUAUGACCCACAACCUGUUACUCAACUAUGGCCUGUACAGGAAGAUGGAAAUCUAUCGUCCGCACAAAGCCAGUGGAGAAGAGAUGACAAAGUAUCACAGCGAUGACUACAUAAAAUUUCUGCGUUCUAUUCGUCCAGACAACAUGUCAGAGUACAGCAAGCAAAUGCAGAGAUUUAAUGUGGGUGAAGAUUGUCCAGUCUUUGAUGGAUUGUUUGAGUUCUGUCAGCUCUCAGGAGGAGGCUCCGUUGCUGGUGCUGUAAAACUGAAUAAGCAGCAAACAGACAUCGCCAUCAACUGGGCUGGAGGUCUACAUCAUGCAAAGAAGUCUGAAGCCUCUGGGUUCUGCUACGUCAAUGACAUUGUCCUUGCCAUCUUAGAGUUACUGAAAUAUCAUCAGAGAGUUCUGUACAUUGAUAUUGAUAUUCACCAUGGUGAUGGCGUGGAGGAAGCCUUCUACACAACAGACCGUGUCAUGACUGUGUCCUUUCACAAAUAUGGAGAGUAUUUUCCUGGCACAGGUGACCUCAGGGACAUUGGUGCUGGUAAGGGAAAAUAUUAUGCUGUGAAUUACCCACUGAGGGAUGGCAUUGAUGAUGAGUCCUAUGAAGCCAUUUUCAAACCAAUCAUGGCCAAGGUGAUGGAGAUGUACCAGCCCAGUGCAGUGGUCCUGCAAUGUGGAGCAGACUCUUUGUCAGGAGACAGACUUGGCUGCUUCAACCUUACAAUUAAAGGUCAUGCCAAGUGUGUGGAGUACAUGAAAAGCUUUAACCUCCCAUUGCUAAUGCUGGGUGGAGGAGGUUACACUAUUCGAAAUGUGGCACGCUGUUGGACGUAUGAGACCGCAGUGGCACUUGAUGCUUCUAUCCCUAAUGAGCUCCCGUACAAUGAUUACUUUGAAUACUUUGGGCCUGACUUCAAGCUGCACAUUAGCCCCUCCAACAUGACAAACCAAAAUACAAAUGAUUACUUGGAGAAGAUAAAGCAGCGUUUAUUCGAGAACUUACGCAUGCUCCCACACGCCCCUGGAGUACAGAUGCAGGCCAUUCCAGAAGAUGCUGUACAGGAAGACAGUGGAGAUGAGGAAGAAGAGGAUCCCAACAAACGCAUAUCAAUCCGUGCCCAUGAUAAGAGGAUAGCAUGUGAAGAGGAAUUCUCUGACUCUGAAGAUGAGGGUGAAGGAGGACGCAGAAAUGUUGCAAGCUACAAGAAACCCAAGCGACCAAAAACUGAAGGCGAGAAAGAGGGGGAAGAAAAGGAGAAAAAAGGGCAGGAAGAAACAGAAGAAGUCAAAGAAGAAGAGAAGGAGCCAGAGGACGAGAAAAUGGACACUUCAAAGCCCAAAGAGGAGUCAAAAACACCUUGAAGUCUGGAAUAAUGUCCAGUUGCAAUAUUGCAAUGUCUUUGGACUUUUUAAAAAUGUUUUUUUGUCUCCUUUUAUUUUCUGUGCAAUUGCACUGGAGAAUAUAUUGGACUGAAUCUUUAUGUUUACUUGACAGGGAUUCAAUCCCAGUACAAUUUUUGUAGGACUUCUUUAGAACAUUUUGGAUGCUGAUAAAAUUGUGUUUUUGUAUACUUUCUGUACUUUUUAUAUCCUUUUUCUUGUGGAACGACUCUGUAAAAAUGGUUAGUGUUUAUGUACUUUUGUGUAUCUUAAGGAUUUAAGUUAUUUAAAUCAUAGAUGUUUUUUUUUCUCCUUUUGUCACGUGCCUUGUCAAUAUAUAGUAAAGUUGGAAGCAUGCUUGUACAUGAGACCUAAUAAAUCCAUUUCACAUGUCUGGACACAA